GCAGAUAAGUGUGGCACUAUUAUUAUUAUUGUUGUUAUUGUUAUUGGUCUUUUUCCAUGUCAGGCGCCAGCGGCAACCCGGCGCAGCGGCGCAGCAGCUUCGCAAGCCGCAAAGCGCGCGGCGAACAGGGCGGCACGGCACCCACCAGCAAAAACGAAAAAUCCCACGGCUUUGACGCCCGCCACUACCAUCAAAACGCCAAUAGGCACGGCAUCCACGCCCUCCGCACCUUUGACUGCCCGGUGUGCGACUCCAAGAACACCAUCCGCGUCGACCUCAACUCAAGCCUGCGCGAGGGCACGGUGCGGUGCACCUACUGCAUGUCUCUGCGUCCGAUUCCAGAGGAUAUGCCCUACCCCUACUCCACUUCCUUCGUUCCGUCGCUCGAAAACAAAGCCGAUGUGUUUUUCAAGUUCAACGAGAUGUACAACGCGCUGCUGCAGAAGCAGAUGGGCGGAGACGACGUUGCAGGACCGUCGUCCUCUGGCACGCUGGGAGGACGCAGCGGAGGCAACAACGCGUCGGAGUCGGGCACACGGAAACGUCCGCGCGACGGCGACGAUGCUGAGGAUGGUAGCGGUGGCGUGGCUCAUGGGGAGGAGGAUGGCCUUCUCGGUGGGCUGGCGUUUUACCCCACGGACGCGGAUGGGCUGGACAGCGGAGUGCCUGACUUUGUGGACGGGGCUGCGCUAGCGGCAGGGAAUGCAAACGACCACGGUGUGUACGAAGAUAGCGAUGGCGAGACCAAGAAGGUUGAGGAGACGGUCGAAGAGGCUGGGGACCGUCCUCAGCAAGAAGCGCCGCCGCUGCAAGACGCCGUGGAGGACGACUUGACGGGCGUCGGAAUGGAUGAUGUUGACAUCGCAGAGUUCUUUGCGGACUCGGAUUAG